AUGCAGAGCUCUGCAAGGUCACAGACACAUGAGAUCAUCACCCCUAGGCGCGAGUCCGACACGUGGGAACCGGGUUCGCGCUCUCCCGAAGCUACACAUCGGACUCAUCCGCGGAUGCUCCGCAACUUACAAGGAGAACGAGUUUUUGUCGGAAAGGCUGCCUCUUUAUCGUUCCUGCAGUUGCUGCGGGAUACAGUCACCCAGCAUAUUGGGCCAUCCCAAUUUUCUCACAAUGUCAGAAGUGAGGAUAUGUUAGAGACGGAGGCACAUCAUGAUCUACUGAAGUUCUCCGAAGAACGUUGUAGCGUGGACGAGAAGCGCCAGUACAUCCAGAACUAUGAGGCAGCGACAAGCGGCUUCGUGUAUCUGGGAUCUAGCGAUGGUAUUGUAUUCACACUAACGGACUCAGUGGAGCCGAAAACCGACAAAGAAAAGACAAGAGCGGCCAUUGUAGACCUGAUGGUUGCUAUCGGAGCUCAGACAUGUCUGAAUGAACCCGAUACUGUGCAAGUGGAACGAUUCUACUUUGCUCGCGGUCAAAGUAGGACAUUUGCGAAUUUUCUGGAAGACCCCAGCAUGGAUUUGAUACGAGUCUUUCUAUUGAUGUCAUUCUACAUGCUCGGAGCAUGCCGCCGGAACGCAGCCUUUAUGUAUUUGGGUGUCGCUUCACGCGCCGCAGUGGCUCUAGGCUUCCAUGUAGACCCUUCAGGGUCAAUGAGUCGCAAUGAGCACUGUGAAAGAUCACGAUUAUGGAUGAGUCUAUGCGUCCUUGAUCUCAUGGUCAGCUCAAUACUUGGGCGUCCUUCCGCUAUAUCGCCUUUAUUACCCGAGAAUAGACAAAAUGUCAGUCACGCAAGGACUGACUCCACUGCUACAGGUUUGGUGGCUUCGUAUCAUUUAUCAUUCAUCCUGGACGAGAUAGUCAACCGCUUAUACAGCGGCAAGGCUGCAUCUACAGAAACAGCAGAUCUGCUGUUGGGAAAACUAAACUAUUGGAGCGAAAAUCUCCCGCACUCAUUACGAACCAUGUCUUUGGACCAAGAAGAUGAGAGUGCCAUUCGGAAGCAUACAAUUGGGAAUAUGCACGUAGCAUGUUCGUAUCACUUCGCUGUGAUCUUAGUCACUCGACCCUUUCUCAUAUCAGCACUGAGUGUCCGGUUAGCCCGGUUGCACCAGAGCCUCUCAACUGGCGUGUCCAGUGAGCUCCCCGAAGAGGACUCAGCUCAUUCCCGGCUAGCAGCUGCCUGUAUUGACUCCGCUGUCUACAUGCUACAGACAUGUAUGGAAGUCCUCCAGUCAGGGCUGCUUUUCCGUAACCAGUGUGUUCUAAAAGCCUUUGUUUUUGCCGCAGCUCUUGUACUCGGGUUCUCCAUGUUUUCCGAUCGUGAUGUCGAUGCAGAGAUUGACGGUGCGUUCCGCGGUGCUCUUACUAUCUUGCGCAUGCUGGCUCCACAGUCUGCCCAGGCAGCGCACUACCUCGAGAUUACAACUAUGCUUGAGUCUGCCAUCACUCAACAGCGCCAGCAACUUGCAGCCCAUGCGCGACAGCGAAGGAGCCAAUACGUGAACCGAAUAUUUAGCCUGAGUGAGAACCCAGCAACACCGCGAGAUCAGCCGGAAAGUGCCGACCAAAAAGGAACCUCGACCCCACGAUUCGCGCAAGGUGCGCCAUACUCAUGGUUACAGUCGGAGGAUGGGACAGGUGCUGCCACACCCCUGCUUGAUGGGACUUUACUCGAAUGGGAGGGCAUGGACUUGCCACUAUGGGACAGUUUUCCAUUUCUCACCGAAGCAUCGAUAAUUUGA